AUGAUAUCCAGUCCACCAGAGGAAGCUGAACACAUUGGCGGCAAUUCCCUGACGCCCGAGUCGCCGAAGCCCCUCCACUAUCCUUCGCCCUCGAACAUCCCUAUCCUCGAGAAGCAGAUGGACCCCAUGCUCAGUGAGCCUGCGCUCAGCAUCGGCACCCCGGCUUCGUAUCAGUCAUAUCCGCAGCAGACGCAGACGCCGAGCGCGCAGUCCACCACGUCGUACUACGCCGAACAACAGACCGUCCCUAAUUACCAGAAUGCGUCAGCGCCGGGCUCUGUAGGCGCUACGCCGGCUGGCUAUUCGCAGCCAACGGCGUACGGCAGCGCAGUGGGUGUGCAGACGCAAGAUACAGCCUCAAUCCAGAAUUUCACUGCACAACAGCCAUCCGCAUCAUCCUUCAGUGACGCGAACUUUGCGCCCACCCCAGAGAAUCGCUCUGCGUACCCGUAUUCCCAUGAUGCCAAUGCGUAUGCCACCCAGCAAUAUUCAGCCCAGUCUGCUCUGGGUGAUCAUCCUCAGCUUCAAUCCAACGGUGUCGGCAGCAUCGACGUUCAAGCAUUACUGGACAGCCUAUCUCCCACGUCGACCAAAGGUCCCUCUGAUCGAUAUGCCGCUCCUGCAAUACCUCCGCAGCCCGCCCCAUCCCAGGGUGGCACGCCCGCCUCGUCGCUUCCCGCGGCCCCGAACCUCCCCCCUCGACCUCCGCCACAAGAGAAACCCGCGACGCACCCCAAUUAUAAUCCGAACGAUGACAUCAGGUCAUAUCAUCCCCAUAGUGCACACCGCGGUUCUGCUCAAUUGCAGCCUUUGAAUUUCCGAGGUGGGGGACCAGAUCAAUCUGCGACCCGGUCAAACCUCAGCCCUAGCACUCCGGUAUACGGUCAACGACAGUCGGUCGAUCUGCAGCGUAGUGCGACACCAGACGAUGAAGACCAGCGUUGGCCGCCGGAAAUCAACAAGUUGUAUGAGGACUUUUUGGAUCAGGAAAGGAGAUUUGUCACGGAGGGGCAGUGGGAUCAGUUUCCGAUGGGAUCCCGUCUCUUUAUUGGCAACCUUCCAACAGAGAAAGUUACCAAGCGCGACAUCUUCCACCGAUUUUACAGACACGGCAGACUCGCCCAAAUAUCGAUAAAGCAGGCAUAUGGCUUCGUACAAUUCCUGGACUCAGAGUCUUGCUACAGGGCAUUACAAGCGGAACAGGGACAAGCUGUGCGUGGUAGAAAAAUGCAGUUAGAUCUCGAGAUAUCCAAACCGCAACGGAAUACGAAGAAACCGGAGGCCGACCGAAAUAACGGUGCGCGCCGGCGCUCCCGUUCGCCAGACUACACCCGUGGAGGGACUGGGCCUAUGUCGAGGAAUGAUCGAUAUGGUGGGAAUCAGAAUUCAAUGUCGCCUCGAGACAGAGACAAUAGACGUUUCCGAGACGACUACCGUUCCAUCCGGUCACCGUCGCCCCGUGGCGGGCGUGGCUUUCGCGGAAGGGAGAGGAGCCCCGAGAGGUACGACAGACGGCGGCGGAGCAGAUCACGAUCGCCACGGCGAUACAGGAGUCCGUCACCCCGUCAUGGUCCUUCCGACGAGCUUCCGCUUCCCCCAAGAGCUCCACAUGAGGUCCCAGAUGUACAGGUUCUAGUUGUCAACGAAGGACUACCACGGGAUUUCAUUCGAUGGGUUGAAGAUACCUUUCGAAAUUCAGCCCUCCGCAUUGAUGUGCUCAUCAUGAGCCCUCGCCUUGAUGAAGCAGCCGUUGUUCGGAGGCAGAUUGUAGAGGGGGUGCUAGCGAUUGUUAGAUUGAAUACGGCGUCUUUGGCUAAGGGCAAGAUCAAUAUACAGAUCUUUGAUCGAAGAGGCGGCGCCAACAAUGUCCAAUUCAACGAAUACGCUGAUCUGGAUCCGGCGACUGCCGCUGCGCUCGUCGUGAACGCAAAGCAGGCCAGCUACCAACCGGUGCAACCGCCCGCGCCCGCUCCGGCUCCAUACGCUCACAGCUACGGCGGGCCGCCUCUAGCUAAUCCUUACGCUCUUCCUACGCCGACUAACGCCUCCAAUCCCAAUCUUUCGAGCCUUAUAUCCUCGCUUGAUCCAAAUGGUCUAUCACAGCUUCUAGGCGCCAUGUCUGGGAAUAACAGCACCAGCCAGACUCCGCAACCUCCAUCUGCGGCACAUGCCCCUGAUCUCGCCCGCCUGCUGGGAUCAAUAUCUACUCCGGCACAGGCUCCUGCUUAUACCGCACCAUCGCAACCCCCUUACUCAUAUCCCAAUCCUUAUCAGAAUCCAGCGCUAGGUUCGCUUCUUGGAGGCCAAAUCCCCGCUCAACCAGCUGCUCCGCCUGUCCAUACUCCCACUCAGGCACCUCCUCAAAGUCAGCCAGACAUGAAUGAGAUCAUGGCUCAGUUGGCGAAGUACCAGCGUUGAAAUCGUCUCUGCUAUAUGUGGCUGGCAGCCGCCUGCCAGGGGUCUCCCAAGACUUCUAUUGCUUGGUUCUUCGCUUUACCCGAUUCCACCCAAGCUAGUGGCUCUGCCUCUAAUCGCCGUUCGACGUUGGCUACUAUCAAUACUUGCCGGAAUAAGAUUCAUUUGCAAGCAGGACGAACUUCCGACCAUGCUGCGGUAUCAGCUUGCUUAGCUUUUCGGUUUUUGAUCCCGGCCAUUGUCAAAAGCAGCGCUCUAGACGCCACUUCAACGAUUUUAUGUCCUAGCUCUGGCUAACGGACUUCCUGGACCUAUGGCUCUUGCCCA